GUAUAAAAUCUUCUACAUCAACGAGGAAUUUUCAGUUUGAUUUUUUACAAAAAGGUCUAUCUUUCAGUGAAUUGAUACGUCAAAAUGGCCGAGGAUGAAGCGAUGUUCGACCCAACUAUGAAGAAGAAGAAGAAAAAGAAGAAGGUACCUCUUGAUCUUGAUGCACUUGAGGAGCCUAGUACUCCCUCAAAUAUGGACGAGAAUACUCAUGAAAUGGAAAAUCAGGAAAAUACUGUGGAGGAGAAAGAAGAAAAAGAAGACAAAGAUAUUUUGGAUCUGGAUGACUUUUCUGGAAUGAAGAAAAAGAAAAAGAAGAAAAAGAAGCCCUAUGAUAUGGAGGGUCUAGAGGAUGCUCUUCCGGAUUCAGCCAGUGAAAACAAAACAGAAGAAACUGGAGGAAAUGAUGGGGAAAAGGAAAACAAUGCUGAAACUAAAGAUGACCUUGAUUUCAGUUUUUCCACAAAAAAGAAGAAGAAAAAGAAGAAGCCGGUUCUGGAUGAGACAGACAUGAACGAAGUUGAGUCCAAAGGGAUAGAAAAUGGAGCAGAUUCGGAUGCAGAUGAUGGAGAUAUGUUAGAUGAUAACGACGACAAUGUGCCUGCCUGGAAUGAUAGAGAUUACACAUAUGAAGAGUUGUUGACCAGAGUGUUUGACAUUAUGCGAGCUAAAAACCCUGAAAUGGUGACAGGAGAAAAAAAGAAGUUUGUGAUGAAACCACCACAAGUAGUCAGGAUAGGAACCAAAAAGACAUCAUUUGCCAACUUCACAGACAUCUGUAAAAUCUUACACAGACAACCAAAACAUCUUUUAGCCUUUCUCCUGGCAGAGUUAGGAACAAGUGGUUCAAUCGAUGGAAAUAAUCAACUUAUCAUUAAGGGACGUUUCCAACAAAAAAUGAUCGAAAAUGUGCUUAGAAGAUACAUCAAGGAGUAUGUCACAUGUAACACCUGCAGAUCUCCAGACACCAUCCUGCAGAAAGAAACUAGAUUGUUUUUCAUUCAGUGUGAAACAUGUGGAUCAAGAAGAUCUGUUGCCAGUAUCAAAUCAGGUUUCCAGGCCAUCACCCAGAAGAGAGCUCAACUGAAGAGUAAACAACAGUGAAACACAUCUCCAAGCUAGUACAUUUGAAAAAAUUUACAGAUUAAGGAAGUGGUUGGUCUGUAAACUAUGACAAGCCUGACAGUUGUCAAAUGAAUGAAAAUUUCUGGAAGAAGCAAGAACACUGGAAAAAUAUCAUUUUAAAAAUGUAAUCUUUUGAAAUUAAUGUUUUGGUUGAAUAGUAAACAUUGCAUGGAGUAGGAAGAUGAAAAGUACCUGUACAUACAUUCCUUGUGUGCAUUUUCUGCUACUUAAACUAGUAACUUUUCCUUUGUAUUAAGCAUCAGGUGCUUCUGUUGUUAGAAACUGAGAUUAAAAAACUCCAAACUAAGAGAGGAGCAAGCUGAGGGUGAAUCCCAUGUCCUCCCCCCCACUCCCCCCACAAAAAUAAGGCCCAUACUCAAGGGAAUCCCUGUCCUGGAAACUCAGGAGGAUCUGGAUAAAGCCAGUUUCAUGUCACAAAUACUGUAUAUCUUUGAUUGCCUUUCAUUAAAUAAUGCACUGAAGGUGAAGAAUGCGGCAUGCAUUUGAGGAUAAAAAGAGAGAUUUUCUUGAAAGGUACAUCUAGAUGGUCUACAACGUCUUUAGUAAGUUUUAUCGUUAGUUAGAUAGUGGAAUGUUAAGUUUCUGUUUUGCAUGAUAGUUACAACUGAUCUAUCAGACUUUAGAAAUAUCUUUUAACAAUAAAAGCUACCACAAAGAAGCAGGCCUUCAGGAAACGCUCCAAAGUUAGUUUAAACUGCGGCAUUAAGGAGAUUAAAUUACACUUGAACAACCCAUGUGGCUUCCAUGCUAUUAAUGACUAUGAUCAAAUCCUAGAAACACACAGAGUGCAUUGUGAUGUUACUCUGAGAGAUGAGAUAAUGUGAGUCUAAAAAUAACCUGAAAAGGAAUUACUUUUAUUAGUAACAGAGUCUUGUGUGAGUCUCUUAGCUUAUCAUCUCUUGAAAAGACUUAAUAUGUACAAAACUAUUCUAAAAUUUGUAGAACAAGAUGAGAUAUUUUUGCAGAAGGUAAGGGUAGGAAAUGAUGAUCACUGACCACUUUUUAACUCCACUAAUUGAUAAACUUCUGACCAACAAUGUAUUCCUAUUACUGUCAUCCUUAGAAUGUACAUGAUACUUUAAUUGCUGAUAGUUCUGUUUAUUCUCACAUGACCAUCUCAAGCCUAGAAAGUACAUUGAAUAAACUUGUGAUGCUUAUGUAA